UUGAAAAUAAUAAUUGAAUGGCAUAUUUGAUAUUUGAGUCAAACUACAAGUCUGUUUUGGUAAGAAAGCAUGCAUAUAAGGCCAUGCCCAUCCCGUACUCUGCUGCAUUGCUACUUUCACUUUCUUCCUUCUUUCUCAUAUCUUCUUCCCAAACUUGAAGAUUAACUUUCUCAACAUGAAGAAAGUGUUCGUGUUUCUGUCUCUUCUCUUUUGUUCCACUUUCCAUGUCUCCCUCUCCUUCAGCGACGGUCUUGUUGCAAAUGGGAAUUUCGAGCUUGGUCCAAAGCCAUCAGAGCUAAAAGGAACAAUAGUAACAGGAGGCAAAAACUCAAUACCAGAAUGGGAAAUUUCAGGCUUAGUAGAAUACAUAAAAUCAGGACAAAAACAAGGUGACAUGUUACUGGUUGUACCAGAAGGUGCUUAUGCAGUGAGAUUAGGAAAUGAAGCAUCCAUUAAACAAAGGAUUAAAGUGAUUAAAGGAAUGUAUUAUUCAAUCACUUUUAUGGUGGCACGUACUUGUGCACAGGAAGAGAGAAUUAAUAUUUCUGUUGCUCCUGAUUUUGGUGUCAUUCCUAUACAAACUUUGUAUACAAGUAGUGGUUGGGAUCCAAUUGCUUAUGGAUUCAAAGCUGAGUUUAAUGUUGUUGAAAUGGUUAUUCAUAAUCCUGGUGUUGAAGAAGAUCCUGCUUGUGGUCCUCUUAUUGAUUCUGUUGCUCUUAGAACUCUUUACCCUCCUAGACCUACUAAUAAGAACAUAUUAAAGAAUGGUGGAUUUGAAGAAGGACCUUACAUAAUUCCAAACUCAUCCUAUGGAGUAAUUAUCCCACCAAACAUAGAAGAUGACCAUUCACCUCUCCCAGGAUGGAUGGUAGAGUCCUUAAAAGCAGUGAAGUACCUAGACUCGGACCAUUUCUCAGUUCCAGAAGGAACAAGAGCAAUAGAGCUAGUAGCAGGUAAAGAAAGCGCAAUAGCACAAGUGGCUAGAACAAUCCCAGGCAAAACCUAUGUUCUCUCAUUUUCUGUUGGUGAUGCAAGCAAUGCAUGUGAAGGUUCAAUGAUUGUUGAAGCAUUUGCUGGUAAAGACACUAUUAAAGUACCUUAUGAAUCCAAAGGUAAAGGUGGUUUCAAACGUGCUGCUCUCAAGUUUGUUGCUGCUGGAACAAGAACAAGAGUGAUGUUUCUUAGUACUUUUUAUAGUAUGAGAAGUGAUGAUCUUUCUUCUCUUUGUGGACCUGUUAUUGAUGAUGUUAAGUUGCUUAGUCUGCGUAAACCAUAAGAGGAUUGUGAGUUAUUUGGGACUGUCAUGGUGUGAGUGAGACUAUAGUAUCAAAAUAUUAUAUGUUUGGGUUUGAGACUUUUUAUCAGUGGAUUUAUAUAUAUUUGCUAAGUUUGAUUUUUAACUUUAA